CUUACCUUCAACAAUCGUAUAAAUUAGCUCUCUCAGUAAUGCAUCGAACCCAGAAAAGAAAAGAUUGAAGAGCUCUUUCAAUACUUCAAUUCCCAUUUGCAAUUUAGUUCAGCUAAGUUAUAAAGUGACAAAACAAAAUGGGAGCAUUUAAGUCCCUAGCAUUGGUCGCCUUUCUCCUUGCUAUGUUGACUAUUGUGUCGGAGAGCAGGGUUGUAAGGAAAGACUUGGGCAUCGAUCUUGGUGGUGUAGGAGUAGUGAUUGGAGCAGGUGUAGGGCUGGGUCUCGGAGGUGGUGGUUCAGGGUCUGGAGCUGGGGCUGGUUCUGGUUCCGGUUCUGGUUCCAGUUCCAGUUCAAGUUCAAGCUCUUCCUCUUCAUCCUAUUCAAACUCGGGUUCAGGGUCAGAUGCAGGUUCGUAUGCGGGGUCUUCUGCUGGGUCUCGAGCAGGAUCAGGAUCUGGUGGUAACAAGGGACGGCAAGGUGGUUCAGGUCAUGGUGAGGGAUAUGGGGAGGGGUCAGGCAGGGGAAAUGGUUCAGGCAAUGGUGAAGGUUAUGGCGAGGGACAUGGCUAUGGAGAGGGUCAUGGCAGCGGUGGGGACAAUUAAAAUCUGACUUUGAGUGCAUGCUUGCUUAAAAAGUGAAAAAAAAAUAUAUCCAUAAAUAAAUGAAGUAGCAUGUUAUUUACCCGUGUAAUGCAUCGAGUAAUGGAUGUUCAUAUGGUUUCCUAUAACUAAA